GGGAAGGAAAAGGCAAAGAGGAUUUCUUAUCCUAAUCCUACCCCGGAAAAGUCCAACGAGAUGGACGUGGACCUUCCCGAGGCAUUGAAAGGACGAAUUGGGGAGAAGGUACUGGAGGGAACCUCCACCAUCCAGGAACUUCCCCCACCAACCAUCAUCCCAACAACUUUCAACGUCCCACCACCCGUCAUCUCAGGAAACUCUUUGUCAUCUAACGCCCUGGAAGCUCUGGCUGCUGCCCUGGUGUCCUUGCCACAACAGAUUCAAGCCUCUGUUGGCAAGGCAAUCGCCGGGACAGAAGGACAGCAAGUCAAAGAAGCCGAAAGGGGACGAAAGAUCUCCAAAGAUUUGGGAAGGAAGGGUGAAAAGAGGAAGGACAGGUCGGAGUCGAACCGACAGAAGAAGAAGAUGGAAGGUGAAGGGAAGAAAGGAAAAGUGGACUCGAUUGCCGCCUUAAUCGAGAGGAAGGAGAAGGAGGUGGAGACGGAUUUGAUGAUGGCAGGCAAGCUCCAAAAGGAGUAUAUGUGUAUGGAGAAGGAGGUGGAAGUUAUGGCAAAGCGGCUCCAACUUCUGAAAGACGCGGCAGGAGAGCUGCAACGAAAAUCCUCCUGUGCCAAGGAGGAGUUGGCCAUCCUGAAGAAAAUUUAA